AGGGCUCAGGCAAGGAUAUGGAAGGAAAACAGUUACCUCCUGAUAGAAAUCUAUCAGAAAUGGCCACCAUUAAAGAUUUGAGAAAGAAACUCCAGGAGCUUGAGGAAAAAAACUUGGACUUAACCAAUCAACACAAUCGAGAGAUGUCUCGCUAUAAAGAAGAAAUAAUGAAUUUGAGGUUGGAACUUGAGAGAGGAGAGGCUCUUCGUCAAGCACUGGAGUGUGAAUUGUCCUUUGCUAGAAAAGAGGCUCAGGAGCAGAUGGAUUCUGCAGAGGACAAGCUACAAGAUGCCAAAACGAAGUUUUUGGAAUUGCAAGUAUUCAAUGACAAAUAUAGGCAAAAAAUAUCAGAGAUGGAAAAAAUGUUUCAUAGUGCUCAGCGGCAGAGGGAAGAGGAACAACAAAAAUUUGAAAUGGAGAGAAAUAAUAUCCACAGAGUACACCUCGCUGAAGUGGAAUUCCUUAUUGAAGAAAAAACUCGAACAGAAAAGGCUUGUCAGGAUAUGAAUGUUGUCCUGCAAGACACGCUCAGGAAAUUGAGGGAUAUGGAGGUAGAGCUCCAUGGCUGCAGCAAGAUCCUGAAGCUCCAGGCCAACCAUCUGGAUUUCAAGAUUACACAGCAGCAGAAGCUCGUCAGGGAGCUGGAGGCAGCUAAAGUGAAAAUAAAGAAACUGGAGGAAAAUGUUGAAGCAGCAAGACUAGCACACAUGGAAUGUAAACACACUAUGCAGUUAAGAAUUCAAGAACUGGAAGAUGCUUUGAAUGAAGAGCAGGGCCGCAGGAGAGAAGCAGUUUCAGUGGCAGGAAAGAAAGAUUUCGGAGAGUCAGAAAAUGCGCAUGAGAGAGGCAAAGAAGUUUUACAAAGACAGUGUGCAUCCUCAAAUGUGCAAUGGAGAGAGGGGGCUGAGGAAAGAAGGGAAACUGAAGAACCCUCUGGGAGAUUAGUGAAUCCUGCAACCAGCUUCAGCCUGCAUGAAGGCCCAGUGAUGGAGCUGUCCAUCCUCCUGAACAUAUUCCAGAGCAUGGAAGACGGCCAUGUGAUUGCCAGGCACCCAGACAUUCCCCUGGAAGCGUUACCCUGGAGAGAGUUUUGUGAACUCUUACGUGAGAAUGUUGAAGCCCUGAUCUUGAACCUCCGUGAGGCUAACAAGAGGGUAUGUCAUUGCAAGCACAAGACUGACACUAUGAACAAUGCUCAGCAGAACCAGGAGGAUGCUUCUGUGAAAAUGUCUGAACAGUUAAAAGCACAGGAAGAUUGCAGAGAGAAAGAAAAUCAGUAUCAUGAACACCAGUACUCAAAUCUCCUUGCAGAAUUUCAUGCAAGAACACAGAGAAACAUAGCAAUCUUGCAGCAAGAAAUAUCUGAAAUUUCACAAAGGCUUCAUACAGCAGAGGUAGAGUCCCGCUCACUGCACUUGCAGCUUGAAGAAUUCAAGUGGACAUUCAGUCAGAUGCAAAAAGAUGCUGAAAAAGCCCACAGAUUGCAAGAACAAUUAAAUGAACUUCAGCAUAACCUCUCUGAUGCAAGGGUGGAGCUGAGGAGAAGAGACCAAGUUCUAAAUCAGCAGAAGAAACUCCUGAAGGACAUGGAGCAGGACCGGCAGUGGCUGCGGGAGGCUCUCCAGGAGGCAGAAGAUGCCCUCCAACAGGCAGCAAAAGACAAUGAGUUGAUCAUUAAUCGUAUGAAAGCUGCGGAUGCCACCCUGAAUGAGGUCAAAAACCAGGCCAUGGCACCAGGUGCUGCAGCAGCCACGCUGCUCCCCAGCCUGCAGCUGCAGAUCCUUCCAGAGGAAGCAAUGAGGGGCAGGCCAGAGGCUGCAGCAUUCCAGGAUGUUCUUAUAAGUUUUAUGGAUUUAUACUCACUGGCAGCUGCCAGAGAAGAAGCAUUAACCACAGGAAGAGAAUCCUUGCAGGUUCACUUUGAACCUGAAGCACCUGAUACACCUCCUACUCCUGCUAAAUCUUUAGGCUUUCGCUUUGUACCCCGAGGAGACAGUACACGUCAUGGUCCUGCUCCUGAUGGUUUGAAGAAGUUUUCCUAAGUAGAUAAAGUUAUACCUCUUUUAGUGUUGCUUACUGCCCAGGCAGAUUUGUAAUAAACAAACUGAAGAAAAAUAAAACCAGAAUCUUCUUUCAUCUUUCCGGGAUAAUAACAGCUUCUCUCAUGCCAGCAUUAAUGUAUUAAAAGACAUUUUCUGGCCUAGUUAGCCUGAAAAAUUAAUUUCAUCAGGCACAAAAGGAAUACAAAGAUAGAAAAGCAACUGUCUGCCCUGACUAAAGACACAAACAAUUGCUAUUUUUAAGUACAAAACCAAAUUACAAGCUAAAAACAUUCUACUAGAAACCUGAAGUGCUUGCUAGCUGUUGCUGCAGGAACAGUUUUCCUUUUUAUUUGUCUUCCUGAGUAAAAUACAUGUUAUACAUGACAAGAAUCCAGGACAAGAUUCCAUCCAUGAUCAAGAUUUCUGGUAAUGGAAACAGUGUUUAAUGGUGUGCUCAAAAUUAAUGUUAUGUUACUGAAAGGUUAAAAAAAAAAUUGUCUCACUGUCAUUCAUAGAGCUGGUUGUUUAAAUUGCUUUACUCAAAGGAUUUCAAAACACAGGACUGUCAUGAGCAGGUAAUAAAAAUAUUCAUUUUUGGAAGAGUUGUAUUAAUGGCUCCCUUAUGAAAUUAGAUCUUUAUUGCCUUGGAUGGCUUUGUGUUUUUCCCAAAGCUUUUUGUAUGUGAUCCUGUUUACUUCAUUGAGGCAGCUUUGAGUUUGCUUCCCAAAAUGAAAAAGCAGAAGACUGUAGCAGAAACUAAGUAUAGAAAACAUUUAAUAUAUGGCUGUUGAUCCUUGCUAUGCCCUUGCUAAUACUGAGUGAAAAUGUCAGUGUGUUCUCUUCCCUUCAUUUUCCCUUCCUGCUUUCCUGACCUAUACAUUAUUUUUUCAUAUGUUACACCACUUUUAUGCUCCCUGAAUAUCUUCUUUCCAUUCUAGUCUGAUAAUCUUACAUUGAUUUCUGACUGUACUGAUACAGUGGUUGACAUAUUUUGCGUUCAUAGCAUUUGAGAUACAGCGUUGUAUUAUCUUAAUCAAAGGUUCUAAGUUGCUGGUAUGUACUUAAAG